AUGCCUACAGGGCGUAAGCAAUCGGUCAACAACGGUUUCGUCACUGAGCGCGAGGUUGGUGGCGAGCGCCGUUCGAUCCGCCACUACCACGAUGGUCGAGUAUCAGGACCCACGCGGCCCGUCGCUGCCCCUAUUCCAGUCCUCUCUAGGAAGGCCAGCACUCUAGAUCUAUCAGACGCCAAGGAUGCUCCUAACCCAAAAGGUAAGUCCAACAUCAUUGCUGUUCCCGAACUCAAGGACCUGAAAUGUGAUCCCGAGACUGCCGCUGAAAUCGUUGAUUACUGUGGCGAACUUGGGAACGUCCCACAGAAGCUUCCUGAAGUGUGCCUUCCGACCGAUGUUAAGACUAUUUCGAAACAGUGGGAGCAAAUGGGGGGAAAGGAUCACACUGGAAAUUCAGAUCUUCACAAGUAG